GAUCCAGAAUGGGCCCGCUCGGCCAGAGAACUUAAGUCGACAGGUUACCUCACUGGCAAACCAAAUGAACAUUUCGAAGCAAAACCGAAGACUAAGCCGAAGACUAAGCCGGAGCCUGAGUGGAAGACGGCUUCUUUACGAAAAAAGGAGGCCGAUAAACCCACCAAGACGCAGUCGGAGUAUUGGGAGGAGGCGCGGCCGGACUGGGCGAAAGGAAAGAACCCUGUCGAUAAACCCAAGAUCCCUGAAAAACCCAAACCCAAAGCGAAAGAUUACUGGAAAGAAGCAAGACCCGAAUGGAGCAAAGGAAAAAGCUCCGUCGCCAAACCUACUGCAGGAGAUAUUAAAAAGAUAGAGGAGAAGAAGAAGUACGAGUAUCCAAAACCUGACUGGGCAACUCGAGGGAGGAACAAAGAUAAGGUAAGAUACUUCUUCUUUAACCUAACAUCAGUUUGCGUACUCUCCAUACUGUUCUUUGGACAUUUCCAAAGGUGCUGACAAGGAUAUUAUUUACUGCGAUCUUUGCUCGAAACUUUAAGGUUUAGUUUAAGUUGUGCUUUAGAAAUUUAAAUGAACUAACCCGAACGUAAUUAAGAAAUCUACGAAAGGAUCUGUUCGCUGUCAAGUAGUCCAAAGCUUCUUGUGAAUUGUUUAUGCAACUUGCUCUGAUGCUGCAAACAAGAUUACGUAUCGACCACAUCUUGCCAAAUUUUUUAAUACGUAUAGACUGAAACGUUUUAACUGACACUCAGUCCUCAGUGUAUCUUCGUUAUAUAAAUAUUUAAAUGUGCUCUUAAAUAUUUUAUAUGAUCUUCCAACUAGAGAUAAAGCUUUAAAUCUUGUGAAAGUAAGGCCCUCGAUAUAUUUCGCUCCCUUUUAAAACUUAAACUUUCAGUACCUGAACUACGGCCAGCCUUGGUAGAUUAUGUAAAAUUAUCCGUCAUUGUAUUUUUUGUAGAUGCAGGCGUCAGACGAGCAAGAUGGCAACAAAGGUCUUCUUAAAGCCGAGUUGGAAAACAUAUUUGGAAAACCCAAACCGAAAGAGGCGGGUAGUCACCGAGUAGUGGUCAGUAAUAAAAAGAACGACGUCGCUGAUCUUCAUCGUACAUAUUGUUUAUCACUAUCCACGGCGGUCAUUUUCUAUGAUCUUUAGGCCGAAGGAAAACGUAGUUGAAAUUAGUAAAAAUUGCAUUCUUAAUGUUUACUUCGCUUUCUUGAAUAAAAACACGUUUUUCGAUUAACGCGAAAGCCACAUGCCAAAAGUUAAUGAGUUUGAGGACUUGAUAAAUUUACUAAAAAACGUACUGUCCAGUUGUUUUUGGCCACAAUGCUUUCAGCUUACAUCGUAAAUUGAUUACAGUAACUGGAACGAUUGAAAUUCAGUCAAUGUCAAUGUCAAUGAAAGUCAGUCAAUGUUCUUUUAUUUUCUAAAAACAAACAGAAAAGACGCCAUUCCUCCGAGGGCAUCGAGGAAAGUUAUCGAGCAAGCAUACGGUGAGAAAAAAAAUCAUUUUUUUUCUUAACGAGCUAGUCUCAAUCUAGUUCUGCGCAUUAUAGUGAGGCGUACCAAUGUAAGCGAUCACAGAUGAAAAAAUAGAGAAUGACGUGGAAAUGAAAGCGGGGCAUUCGUUUAAGUGUUCAACUUACGUCCGUAUAUGUGCAGUUUCACUUCUAAGUAGUAUGUGUAUGACUUCUACUCUGAGCAGGCAAGAAAGGAUUAAUUAUCCUCUCUCGGAGCAAGCCAUCAUCGGGAGUUAAGGCCAAGUAAGCCUAAAACCGUCCUGACACUGGCUCUGUACUUUUACCUUUGAUAGAAAAUUUGCAGACCAUCGUCGCAGUCUGAUAGUGAAAACAAAACAUCGACCAACGUCCAAUCCUGUUAAGCAGCUGUUGUCACGCGAGGAUGUAAGAAGUGAGCUGUAAGGUGUGGAUUGGAGUCUAAGAAUGUCAGUAUCUACGUUCCGUUUGUCUAAAUUAGCGUGCAGACACGCGGUGAGAAUUCAUUCUCAUCAAGUACCAAGUGGCUUAAAAGGGUGAAUGAAUCGGUCGGCUUCAUCUGGUAAAUUGCUCUUUUCCUUUCUCUUUCAAGGUUACAUUUCAGAAAGUAUAAGUUUAGUUUACGUUUUAAAAAUAUUUUGGCAUCAAAAAGGGAAGUCUAGAGCAAGUGACCUGGAUUUUAUAAAUCUCGUAAAUUGCCAACAUUGUUCAUAAAUUUAAUAACGACUACAAGCGUUGGUUUUUAUCUCGUCGAACUUAUGUACAGAUGAUGUGUGGACGUCAAUACUCUGAACCGUUUCAUUACACUAUAUUUAAUUGCUGCUGAGAUCAAAUCUGUUCAUUCAAACUUUAAGUUAAGGGACGUGAUUUAUUUUGUUGCGUUGUAUCAUUGUAGUUAGAGCAUGAGAGGAUAAGACUGGUUAAAGAUAUGCGCACAAGUUUCAGAACUCUGCAAUGA